AUGAAGCUGGCCGUCACCCUCACCCUGGCUCUCUGCUGCCGCCCUGGUCCGGCAUUUGCCUCCCAGGCAGACCCAGCCAGGGGGCUGCCAUCUUGGGAAAGUGUUGCUGAUUCGGCAGAGAGCUGCUUGGACUUCAUCGUGAAAACCUUCUUCGUGAGCCUGCUGUCCAGUCACCAGGUCUCGGUGGAACUUUUCAGCCCUGAUGCAGACAUGAGAGAUGCGGCGAUCAAGAUAAAGGGGCUGGUGGACACCCUCCCCCAGCAGGACAGGGACAGCAUCGGGAGGGCCAUGGUACGCGCUUCCCUGCUGGGUGGUGGGUUCCCCAAGUCCCUCGCUGCAUUUUUUGGACCUUUUCCUCGUCCAGAGAGGAGAGUCACAGUGCAGAUGUCCCGGGGGAGGAGGGCUGGCGGGCAGGCAGUCAUUCCACCUGAGGUCACCAGCCUCCGGGAAAUCAUCAAAGCCCUUAGGGGCCCACCUCCUCCCACGGCCAGGGAACCUCCGAGCUGACAAUGAAAUCUCUGUGUCUCAUCAUCUUGGUCUACCGUCCAGGUCCACGCACUCUUAUACGAUGGGCUGUUUGUUUCUUUGUUUUAGGACAAAAUAAUUAAAAAGCCCACGCUGUGCUUAGGAUUUAGAAGCUGAAGAUCUCCAACCGCUGGGUCUCCGGCUGCUCCCCGGCGCCCCCUUCGCGCCCUCCCACCAGCCGGGCCUGGCUCCCUCCCAUAAAAAAGCACCAGCAUCUCCCCUUUGUGUCCCG